AUGUCUAAUAUACCUUUCAUAUUAGACCUGCCUAAGGGCUGUCCUGUUACAAACGCUAAAGUUGUCUUUGGGACAGUGCAGAAAAGCAACAGAACUAAGAAAUUAUGGAAUUACAGUCUUACUAAACCCUGUCAACAUUUCGUUCUGGGCCCUUUGCUUAUCAAAGCGUUUAAUCUUCCACGUAACAGCUGUAAUAUAAUUAAGGGCCAUUACGAAAUACACAUAAAUAUGAAUGAUUUGACUUCGAAGUUCUUGGGGUCAAAUUUUUUCUACGAUACAUACUUCUUCAAGACCAUCGCUUACAACAAUGUCAACAAUUUUUUUUGUGUGUACAAUGCAAUAAGGAUAUACAAACCGUAA